AUGGCUCAUUUCUUAACCCUAGUUGUUGUGUUUCUUUUUUGUGUUGCAUCCUCCUAUGCCGUUAAUGUUGUUGAUGUGCAAGCUAUUUGCAAGGAAGCCAAAGACCCUUCUUUUUGUUUAACUCUUCUCAAAUCAAAGCCAGGUGGUGUAGGUCAAGACCUCAAUAGUCUUGCACAAUACACCAUUGACGUGCUUCAUACCAAUGUAUCGAAUACAGUCACUCUAAUCACAAAACUAAUCGCACAAAGUGGCAGUGAUCGCAACAAACAAGACCAUUACAAGAAUUGUUAUUCUCAUUUUCUAUUGGAUGGAGGAGCUCUUGGUGAGGUUGUGAAUGCCCAACAACAAUUGAAGGCUUUUGAUUAUUAUAAUGUAUACACUCAUAUGAAUGCUAUCGCGACCGAUGUUUAUGACUGCCUCACCGGAGAUGAGAGUGUUCAUCAGGAUGCAAGGGUUUUAUCUCUCUAUAAAGAUACAUCUUUGCUUCCAAAAUAUGUUGAUGUUGUUGGCCAAAUUGCUCUUAUUAUCACAAAUAUGGUGUUGAUAUUACAAAAGUAG